AUGCGUGUUCCCUUGUUGUGGUCGUUCUUCACGAUAUCACUCUUCAACAUCUUGCAAUGGACGAAUGCUAAGACGGUCACCUACGACUUCAACAUCACCUGGGUGCCGUCCAAUCCAGAUGGCCUUUUCACAAGGCCUACCAUUGGCAUCAACGGCCAAUGGCCACCGCCUACGAUCAACGCUGACCUGGGAGAUACGAUUGUGGUCAAUGUUCUGAAUUCGCUAGGAAAUCAAUCAACCUCGUUACAUUUCCACGGCUUGUACAUGAACGGCACCACCCAUAUGGACGGACCCGCUCAAGUCUCUCAAUGUUCCGUCAGCCCUGGAGCCUCGUUCACCUACACAUUCAAGGCCGAACAAGUAGGGACCUACUGGUAUCAUUCUCACACCAAGGCACAGUACCCGGACGGACUGCGUGGACCUCUCAUCAUCCAUGACCCUUCAAAUCCAUACAAGGGUCAAUUCGACGAAGAGCUAGUGCUCACCGUAUCUGACUGGUACCACCAACAAAUGACGGAAUUAAUUCCCAAGUACGUGGGUGGUGGUAUGAUGACGAUGGAGCCUGUGCCAGACGCAAACCUACUCAACGACACGCACAAUACGGAAGUCUCGGUGCAGCCCGCCAAGACGUACCUCGUGAGAAUGAUCAACAUGGGUGCCUUUGCCGGACAACACGUUUGGAUCGAAGGCCAUACUAUGACCAUUGUCGAGAUCGACGGCAUUUACACUAAGCCUACCGAGACGGAAAUGAUAUACCUUGCGUCAGCACAGCGGUGCAGUUUUCUUCUGAAAACCAAGGCUGACAGUACCAAAAACUACCCAAUCGUGGCCUCAUUGGAUCGUAGUUUGUUCAUGAUGGCCGGUGCUGUCAACUCGGAGGUCACAGGGUGGCUUGUCUAUGAUCAUUCUUUACCACUACCAACACCUGCGUCGGUCAGCACCUACCAUCCCAUUGAUGACAUGACGAUCAAGCCAUACGACGAGAUGUCACUUUUACCAAAACCAGACAAGGUGAUCAGCUUGAGUCUGAGCAUGAGCCAUUCAGGGGAUUUCCGAUACACCUUCAACGGCAACGGGUAUCGACAUCCGGAAGUACCAUCACUCUACACAGCACUUACAAGCGGCGACCUGGCCACCAACCCUGACGUGUACGGCAAAUCGACCAACGCCUUCGUGCUCAAGCACAACCAAGUCGUCGAGAUUGAGAUUUACAACCGGCAUAUGACCAACCACCCAUUCCAUCUGCACGGUCAUCAUUUCCAAGCUGUCUGGCGGUCUCCUCCAGGAGGAGGAGCGUACGAUGCGAGCAGGCUGAGCGAGGCCGAUUUCCACCAGACACCAAUCCGGCGGGAUACGAUAGUGCUCCCGGCGGGUUCUGGGGCGGUUCUCCGAUUCCGAGCAGACAAUCCUGGUGUAUGGCUAUUCCACUGCCACAUGGAAUGGCACGCGGAAACAGGGCUAGUCGCCACCAUGGUCGAGGCCCCUCUGGAGCUACAACGACAAAGACAAGGCCAACAUCUGCCGGCUGAUCACAUGCAAGCGUGUGCUGCAGCAGGUACUCCGGUGUCCAUGAACGUAACCGCCGAGUCGCUGGAUGCCCAGGCGGAGGAGGAAAAGACAAUACAAGGACAACUGGUCGGGCUCACGUCAUCCACGAUCGUGUCGCUCGCAGCUGGAUUCGUCUUCGUCAUGACCGGCGUCGUGGGCCUUUUGCUUUGGCUCCGACGGCGUGCUUGGAAGCUUCAGGAUGUGAGAUAUACCCCUGUACAAACAAGUCUUGAGGAUUUAUAA